CAGAAUUACACAUUAUUCUGUUUUGUAAUCUUUUAAAAAAAUUAUUACAAGCUCCAACACAACAAGGAAGUCUCAUGGCUUCUGCUUCUUCUUCAUCUGCACUCUGUCCUCUGCAGCAGCACCAAAAUCCUCUGUUCCCAAAAUACCCACCUGGCUUUCGUCCCCUUCACCGCGCUUCCUCCACGAACCAGAAGCUUGGUUUAAGUAUCCGCGCAAGCUCAGCUAUCGCUUUAGACCCGGUUUCAAGCAUCACAUCCCAAGAGGAUUUGAAAGAUGACUUGUUCGCAUGCCCAAUAUGUUACGAGCCACUGAUAAGAAAAGGUCCUAGCGGCUUCAACUUGCCUGCAAUAUAUAGGUCUGGAUUCAAAUGUUCGAAGUGCAACAAGACUUAUACAAGCAAAAACACGUAUCUGGAUCUCACGGUUACUUCUGGAACAAAGGUUUAUUCGGAAUCUAAACCAUCUAGGACUGAGCUGUUUAGGAGUCCACUGGUUUCAUUCUUGUACGAAAGAGGCUGGCGCCAGAAUUUUAACCGUGCUGGUUUUCCUGGACCUGAUGAAGAGUUCACAAUGGCACAGGACUUUUUCAAACCUGCAGAAGGUGGUAUUCUUGUAGAUGUUAGUUGUGGAAGUGGUCUAUUUACUAGGAAAUUUGCCAAAUCUGGAACCUAUUCAAAAGUUAUUGCACUUGAUUUCUCUGAAAAUAUGCUUCGCCAGUCUUAUGAUUUCAUCAAAGAGGAUGAUACGGUUUUAAACUCCAAUCUCGCUCUUGUGAGGGCUGAUGUGUCGAGGCUUCCCUUUGCAUCUGGUUCAAUAGAUGCUGUCCAUGCUGGUGCAGCUCUACAUUGCUGGCCAUCUCCAUCUAACGCGAUUGCUGAAAUCAAUCGUAUACUAAGAAGUGGUGGUGUAUUCGUGGGAACUACCUUUCUUCGAUUCAGUCCAUCCACUCCAUCAUUCCUGAGGCCUUCUGGACGGAGCCUAUCUCAGAACUACAACAAUUUGACAGCAGAGGAAAUUGAAGAUUUAUGCACAUCAUGUGGUCUUAUCAACUACUCAUGCAAUAUUCAACAGUCCUUCAUUAUAUUCACUGCACAGAAGGCUUAAAACUGGGUUUCCAUCCUCUAAACAGAGAAGAUAUAUUUCAAUUUUUCCUUGUUUAUAUGUUGAACAAUUCCUUCUUCGAGGGCCUGUAAUUAAUUUUUUGGAACAAGAUGCAAAACCUGAAAAAACACAAAAAUAAAUAACACAGAUUUUGCUUGUAUUGAAAAAUUGUUAUCAUUA